AGCAGUAACCGUUCUCUCCGUACAAGUGUCCGUUGUUUCCCCAAUAUUUCUCCUAGUCUGCAUCCAAAUGAAAUUAUACAUUCCCAACACUGUACACCAGACGUACCGUUGAAUCACCACCGUCAUUUAAAAAAAGUUUUUUAGUCCUAAGUCACCGGAAUGCAUCAUUUAGUUCUCGCAGCCGUUGUUAUCAUUACUAUAAUAUACGUAGUGCUUCCAUUAAUAUUCCGAUACUCUGCAGCUUUUCAACGGCAACUCGUUUUUUUGCCCUAUACUAUAGGUUUGCGAUGGCCAAUCAAAGUGAAUUAUAGCCAACCGAAAAUACACGGAUUACAAGGGACGAGGAAUUUCUACCUUCCUACAGCGCCCAAAGUACAUGUGGGUGUCUGGCAUGUCUUACCUCGAGACCUGGUUGACACAUUUUCUGAAAACACUGAAACAUCUUUAGCUAAUGGCAAUCCGAUCGUGUUGUACUUACAUGGGAAUUCCGGCUCUAGAGCCACCGGCCAUCGUGUGGAACUCUAUAAACUCUUGCAAUUUCAUAACUAUCACGUCAUAGCUUUCGAUUAUCGGGGUAAGUUUACAUUCACUUGCACAUGUUACGGUUGCAUUGACGUGUCCCUAGGUUUUGCUGAUUCUUCGCAAGUUUUGAUGUCAGAAAACGUGGCUACAAUUGACGCCAUUCGUGUGUACGAAUACAUUCGACUGUUCUCUGGAAAAUCAACAGUCAUUGUAUGGGGCCAUUCGCUGGGCAGUGCAGUAGCCAUUAAAAUGGUGGCUAGUUUGUGUGCUGUCAAACAAUCACCUGAUCGUUUGAUCUUAGAAUCGCCGUUCAAUAAUAUCCGUGAUGUGUUUCGAAAUCACCCACUAACUCUAAUCUAUAGGCCUUUGUCUGUCGUCGACCGGUUUUUCACCGAGAGGCUGGAAACGAACAACGUAGCAUUUGACAGUGAUGUUCACAUAGCCGGCGUCGAGUGCCCCACCCUUAUCCUUCAUGCGAGGGAUGAUCGCAUUGUCCCCAUUUUCCUAACCAGAAAGCUGUACGAGGCGGGUUUUAAAUCACGGCCAACUAAUGCUGCGGCUUUACAAUUUAUUGAAUUCCCACCAGAUUUGCAUUGCGGCCAUGAAUGCAUUUACAGCGCUCCUCAAUUGCCUUCCAUUAUUCAGCAGUUGGUUGAUUUAGACGGUUUUUGAAUCAAAAGAGUUGCAUAGGCCUAUGUAUGCAUAACAACCCAUAAUAAUCAGGUGACAUCCAAUACACGCUGCCAUUCAA